AACAAAAAAAAUUUAACAAAAUUUAGAGCUCUCAAUUUUCAUCAUGUCUAUUAAAACAAGCAGCAAAAUUUACCUUUUUCUUGUUUUUCUGCAUCUAUUAAUAGUACUAUCUUAUGAAGAACAACAAUUGGGGGGAUGUAAUUUUUUUGAAGGAAGUUGGAUUUUUGAUGAAUCUUAUCCAAUUUAUGAUUCUUUAAAGUGUCCAUUUAUAGCCCAAGGUCUUAAUUGCAUCAAAAAUGGAAGAAAAGAUAAUUUUUAUCUCAAAUAUAGAUGGCAGCCUACUGAUUGUGACCUCCCCAGGUUCAAUGGUGAGGUUUUCUUGAAAAACUUGAGAGGGAAAAAGUUCAUGUUUGUGGGGGAUUCCUUGAGCAAUAACCAGUGGCAAUCACUAGCAUGCAUGCUUCAUGCUGCAGUUCCAAAUUCUAACUACACAUUGGACAUAACAGAGAACCGUUCCGUUCUCUCGUUCCCGGAGUUUGAGUUCACAGUCACAUUCUUGAAAGAUGGAUUUCUCGUUGACCUAGUGGUCGAGGAAGCAGGACGAGUUCUCAAGCUUGACUCUCUCAGCAGGAGUGAACAGUGGAAAGGAGUUGAUUUCUUAAUCUUCAACAGCUACCAUUGGUGGAUACAUACUGGACGUCAACAAACGUGGGAUUAUUUCCAAGUUGGUGACAAACUCUACAAGGAGAUGGACCAUAUGGAAGCAUAUAAGAUUGCUUUAACUACUUGGGCUAAUUGGGUUGAUUCCAACAUUUAUCCUGCUGAGACUAAAGUGUUCUUCCAAGGAAUUUCUGCUGUUCAUUAUCGUGGCAAGGAUUGGGAUGAACCAAAGGUGAAGGACUGCAGUAAACAAACAAAGCCAAUAGAGGGAUCAACUUAUCCAGGUGAAAGAUAUCCAGGAGAGGCAGUGGUGAAGAGUGUCCUAAGUAACAUGACAAAACCUGUCAAUUUACUUGACAUUACACUGCUUACACAACUACGAAAAGACGGACACCCCUCGAGAAUUGCCAGUGGCGCUUCAUUGGACUGCAGCCACUGGUGUGUAGCUGGUGUUCCAGAUGCUUGGAAUGAACUAUUGUACACAAUCUUGCUCCAGAAAUGAUUUUUGAAGCUAGUGUAUUGAAUCUUGAAUCUCAAUUUUCAUAAAUAAAAUGGAAGUUGAUGGCUAGAUG